GCCAUGGAGACGGGGAUGGAGUCCCUGAGCGAGAAGAUGGACCGGCUGAUGAGUGUCCAGGAGACGGUCCUGGGCCGGCUGCAGGACAUGUCCCAGGACGUGGAGGCCCUCAGGGGGGGCCGGGACGGGGAUGGCGGCGGCGGCGGCGAUGUGACCGGGUUGUGCCGGGAGAUGAGCGCCAUCAUGUCCGCGGUGAACCAGCGGUCCGAGCAGCAGAGCAGCAAGCUGGAGGGCGUGGAGAGGCUGGUGGUGGGCAUCCAGCAGGUCAUCGGCUUCAUCGGGGAGACGGUCAAGAGCUCCCGGCUCAUGGAGCUGGUCUUCAACAGGCCGCCCGCCGCCCGCAAGGCGGAGAAACCCGCCAAACCCGCGGCCAAGGAGAAACCUGCCAAACCUGCUGCCAAAGAGAAACCGGCCAAACUCACGGCCAAGGAGAAACCUGCCAAACCUUCUGCCAAAGAGAAACCGGCCAAACUCACGGCCAAGGAGAAACCUGCCAAACUCACGGCUAAGGAGAAACCUGCCAAACUCACGGCCAAGGAGAAACCUGCCAAACCCGCGGCCAAGGAGAAACCUGCCAAACUCACGGCUAAGGAGAAACCUGCCAAACUCACGGCCAAGGAGAAACCUGCCAAACUCACGGCCAAGGAGAAACCUGCCAAACCUGCUGCCAAAGAGAUACCAACCAUAUCAAGCAUUAAGGACAAACCUGUCGAACCCAUUGCGCAGGAGAAACCCGCCAUGUUCGACGACAAGGGCAGAAAAGCGCACAAGAGGAAGUCACUCAUCGACUUGCUCAGAGAGCAGAAGGGGAAGGACGUGAAGGAGAAGGCUCGCUCGGCCUUCAAGGGACUCAAGUCCCAGAAGAAGAAGAAGCCGCCAGAUGCAGACACCGUCUCCCUGAGGAAGCAGGCCCUGCUGCUGGAGGAAGUGCAGAAGCUCAACCAGCAGAAUGCGGAGCGCUCGGGCCGCCGGGACACCCCCGAGCCACAGGGGGGCACCGUCGCCACGGCGGGAGAGCAGACGGAGGUCGCCGCCGCCGCCGACCGGCUGGCCUUCAUCCUGGGCACGCCGCGCGCGCCCGUGGCCGAGCCGGAGGACAGCGAGGAGGAGGAGGAAGAGGAGGAGGCGGAGGCCCAGGAGGAAGAGGAGGCGCAGGUCUUCAGCGAGCCUGAGGAGCAGACAGAAGAUGGAGAUCAGCUGAAGGACGAUGAAGUCCCUGGGGCAGAGGAGGCAGAAGAGAAGGAGGAGGAGGAGGAGGAGGAGGAGGGGCAGAAGGAGGCAGAGGAGAUCCCCGCAGAUUCAGAGGUGACUGAGACAGAGGAAGUCCCCCCAGCCCCUGAGGACAUGUCGAGUGAAAUCAGCCCCAGUGUCCAAGAGAGCUGUGAGGACCCGGAGGUGGGCGCGGCCAGCAGCAAGCGGAGAGUGACCGAGGAGGACCUGCUGAAGGACGACUUGAAGAAGAGCCGGGUGGAGGAAGGGGGGGCCGAGGAAGAGGAGGGUGAGAGCGCCACCCAGCCCGAGGGUGGAGAGGAGGAGCCUGUGCCGGAGAAGAAGCAGGAGGAGGAGGAGGAGGAGGUCAGCGAGCCGCCAGCCGAAGAGUAUGUCAUUGACUGCAGUCCUCCUCCUCUAGCCCCCUUUGAGCACCGGAUAGUCGCGGCCAAACCGCACACCAUCUCAAAUUUCUACACCAUCAACCGCGAGGAGAUCCUGGGGGGAGGUCGUUUCGGCCAAGUUCAUAAAUGUGUUGAAAAUUCAUCGGGGCUUACCCUAGCUGCCAAGAUCAUCAAGGCCCGGAGUCAGAAGGAGAAGGAGGUGGUGAGGAACGAGAUCCAGGUCAUGAACCAGCUGGACCACGCCAACCUGAUCCAGCUGUACGCCGCCUACGAGUCCCGACAUGACAUCAUCCUGGUCAUGGAGUAUGUGGACGGAGGCGAGCUCUUCGACAGGAUCAUUGACGAGAACUACAACCUCACCGAGCUGGACACCGUCCUCUUCAUCCGGCAGAUCACCGAGGGUCUGCAGUACAUGCACCAGAUGUACAUCCUGCACCUGGACCUGAAGCCGGAGAACAUCUUGUGCGUGAGCAGGUCGACGAACAAGAUCAAGAUCAUCGACUUCGGCCUGGCCCGGAGGUACAAGCCCAGGGAGAAGCUGAGGGUGAAUUUCGGCACGCCCGAGUUCUUGGCUCCGGAGGUCAUCAACUACGAAUUCGUCUCAUUCCCCACAGACAUGUGGAGCCUGGGAGUCAUUACCUACAUGCUGCUCAGCGGCCUGUCGCCCUUCCUCGGUGAGGAUGACAACGAGACCCUGAACAGCAUCCUGGCCUGCCAGUGGAGCUUCGAGGAGGAGGAGUUCGCCGACAUCUCAGAGGAGGCAAAGGACUUCAUCACCAGGCUCCUGGUCAAGAGCAAGAGUUGGAGGAUGAGCGCCACAGAGUCACUGAAACACCCCUGGCUGUCCGACCGCAGGCUUCACUACCGGCUUCACCAGAAGGGAAACAAGUGCCACUCUACACACGCCCCCCCUCCUGAGAGCUAGGCAGAAGGGGGCGCCAAACUCAACAGCUCUUUCAGAGGGCAUCUGAACGAAGGUGCUUUGUGAUGACACAGGCUGUGGCCAAACCGGACCAAUGCUGCUGUCCCUGCAUAAUCACUGGGCUCACUGCUCUUUCUGUGUGUGUGUGUGUGUUUGUGGGUGUGUGUGCUUGAGUCAGUGCAUGUCCAAGGGAGGGAAUAUCAAUCAGCAAAAACAUGAAAUGUUUCCACCUUUAUCCAACAUAGUACAACCCCUGUUUCACCUGUCACUCUCACCACACACAAUGCAUAAAUUUACUACAUCCCAUUCUUAAAAAAUAAUCAUAUAUAUAUAUAUAUAUA